CAACUUCAACUUCAACUUCAACUUGGACUUGGAUUGAAACAAUACAAGCCAAGUUGAGUUGUUCUUUUUGACCUCUUGUUCCCGGUUUUAUUCUUCUUGAACAGGGCCACUCGUUCCUUUGCCUUGUUUUUGUCUUUCUCUUUACUUUUUAUACAACUACUAAGUUGUCUUUGUUACUAAGUUGUCUUUGUUAAGGACAGAUAUAGACAUGGCGCUCACUCGUAGGAGCGUCGUUUGCUCGGCUGUCUGCCUUGCACUCCUUGUCGGCCUUGUAUACGCGGGCCAUGAUCACGAACAUGUUGAGACUGUGAACAAUGUCAAUAUUGACAACAUGAGUCUCGAGGAGCUCGACACUCAACUCCAGACCUGCCCAAUUGUCGAGCAGCUCAAUGCUGCAAAGCAUGCUCACCAUGCCGCUGCCCCCUCGUCGAUGACCUCGCGCCUCUUCGCCGUUCUCUUCCCUGGCUCACCCGCCGUAAACGCCCUCCUUGCGACCCUCUACAUCUCCGGCCCCCCCAACUUCCUUCUCGCCCUCUGCCCGACCAACAUUGAUCCUGCCUCUCUUUCCGUCAUGGUUGCUUUUGCUGUGGGUGGUCUUCUCGGUGACACUCUUUUCCACCUUCUCCCUGAGAUCUUUGUUGGCGAGGACCAUGAUGAGGCUGUCAAGUUCGUACUUGUCGAGCCUAACCGUAACCUUGUGCUUGGAUUAGGUAUCUUGGUGGGCUUUAUGACAUUCGUCGCUAUGGAUAAGGGUCUACGAAUUGCUACAGGUGGAGCUGGCCAUGAUCACUCCCACGGACAUGGUGAUGCGCACGCUCAUUCUCAUGGUGAGGAUAAGGCUGUUUCUUCCGGUGUUGAUGCUACGGAAAACCUUGUCAAGUCUCGCAAGAAGGGUAAUGAGGACAAGGGUGCUGUUGUUGCCAAUGCUGUUGAGAAGCCUGAGAAGGAAAUCAACCCUAGCGUCAAGCUGGGCGGCUACUUGAACCUAAUUGCCGACUUUACACACAACAUCACCGAUGGCCUGGCUAUGUCUGCCAGUUUCUAUGCCUCGCCUACUAUUGGGGCUACCACUACUGUAGCAGUCUUCUUCCACGAGAUCCCUCACGAGGUUGGCGAUUUCGCUCUUCUCAUCCAGUCCGGCUUUUCCAAGCGAGCUGCUAUGGGCUCGCAAUUUAUCACUGCCUUGGGUGCUCUCCUUGGUACUCUCAUUGGUAUUGCUAUUCAGGAGUUCGGUAGCCCUAGCAGUGACGUCCCCAUGGGCCGUAACGAGGGUAUCUGGGGAACUAGCCUGACCUGGGGCGAUAUGCUUCUUCCCUUCACUGCUGGUACAUUCCUCUACGUUGGAACCGUUGCCGUCAUCCCUGAGCUUCUUGAGACUGGUCCUAACAAGGCUAAGGAGCUGAAGAACAUGCUCAUUCAGUUCUCGGCCGUGGCUAUUGGCGCUGGUAUUAUGUUGUACAUUUCGUGGCAUGACUAGGGUAUAUGUGAGUCGAUGUAUGUGAUGAGAAGCUGUGUAUUAGAUGAAGCGGGUGUAGAUGUGAGUUUGCGAUAUCAUGGGUUUGUCAUGCGUCGUUUUGAUAGAUGUCUUUCCCACGGGGAGCGAGUGUGCUUGAGAACAGUACAGGUUGAUUUGAUCUACUCCUGGCGAUUUGAGAGUCCGGGAAAUAAAUCCUUUCUUAUGAUGACUUUAUACAAUCGAGGCUUAAGUCUAAGCCCAAGAAUUAUAAACUUGUAACAAGAAGUUACUGUGCCCUCACAUUAUGUGUUCUGG